ACAACACUUGGCUAUAAAAGCAGAACAAGCUUAAACUUAAGACAUUUCCUUCAUUGAGUCGCGACAUGAAGACUUCGUGCUCGAUAUCGAUCAUUUUAGUUGCGUUGUUACUCAGCGCACCUAUUUUCACCUUGUGUUCACAUUCCCAUAAGUUAAAGCGCAGUCAUGGUCUGCCUUUGGAACUACUGGAGAAGACACAGCCAAGAGAUUUUAUAUUUGAUGGAAUUGCCAGGCGUCCUCUGAGCCCCGAAUCAAAGAUACAACCGAAACAUAUCGAUGACUGUGAUGAAGAACCCGUGAAGCCAACAGGGCGUGAUUUGAGUGAGAGGAGGCUGAGCAAGAAACUCGGGGGCUCGAUCGAUGAGCGUUUUUUGUCAGUUUCCAAGCCCGCCCAUAUGUCAGAUAGUCCGCAAGUGGAACGAGUUUCAUUGCGAGGCAUCACGACCUCAGAAAAAGACUUUCUCAGGCAGGUCAUCAGAAACGAGACUGUUCCUUCAAUGGGAGGCAAGGUGUCCAUCUUUAUGGAAAGGUUUCUUAUGAAAUGGCUAAUUCACAAAUCUGACUGUCCAGUGGAACAUACGUGGACAGACCAGGGUAUCUGUUAUUGGCCAAGAUGGAUCUCGAUGGGUCGCUGCAUAGCCAAGCAGUGUUCAUGGCCUCAGGGAAUGUCGUGUGUGGCGUCUGAUCCAAUCGACGUGUACCUAUUGCGAUGGAACUGCCGUACGAACCGAAACAGAAGGAAAGGAAAGAAGACUGGGACUCCUACUGCAGACGUAACGUGUCGGUGGUUAAAAUUUAAGCGUUCUGUAAUUAAUGAUUGUUAUUGUAAGUGCGAUUCUGCUCGAGCUGAUUAAAGAUAGUUUUUCGUGGCUCCGUUGAAUCAAAGUUUAAAAGCAGGCCAAACAAAGUGUGCACAAAAGUUCCAACGAAUACGAUACUUCGUUAACUUAGAUCGUUUAAAACCGUCAAGUUCUUAAUCAUGUCAAAGACGAUGAUGAAGAAUAUUAAUGAAAACAGACAAAAAAACGGAAACCCGAUCGAUUUUGGAUGGGAGGGGACUUUCGUUGUGUAGCAAUAACGUUGCAUUCGUAAUCAUUUUAUGUUUUAUUUUUAACCUCAAAAGGUUUGUUUUGCAAAGCGACAUAUCGAGCGUUCAGAAUCGCAAUUCACUUCGUUUACUGCAUGUUGUCUUUAGUCUUUUUUUCCUUCUUUACCGUAAGGAUUGGUUCGCCGAUGUUUACUUAUAUCUCCAGUAGGGUCCAGUAGUCAAAUUGAAGCCUGUUAGGACUUGUUUGAUAUUGUUUAUAAUAAUAUAAUCAUUAUAUUAUUAUAUUAUAUAUAUUGUCAUUAUAUUGACGAGGGAAACAAGCAUUGAUGACUAGUCAUAGUCAUGUGUAGAGCUUUCUCCUUUGUGAUUUUUUUCACAUAUCAUGUAGAUAUAUCCUUUCCAGAUUAGUUUGCCAUUCCCUGGCGGUAAUAAGCUCAGCUUGUAUUAUUCUAUGUGCCAAGUUCACAGGUAGGCUAAGCAAAUAAACUGGGAUAAGCUUAGAAUUGGCAUUAUUUGACCCCAAGUUUAUACUUUUGUUGCUUUACGAUCAAGUACGUCGUGAAAGAGAUGUCCGGCGUCUUUUUUAUUUGUUCGCAUUAAUGAAAUUUCUUUGGGAAAUUGCAGCUAAACUACCUGUGGUCUAUUUUUCUUUAACAGUCUCCUGAGCAUGGACGCAAAGAAAAUUCUUUUAAAAUUGCAGUUAGAGCGGGAAAGAGGCUGUAUGUUUAUCUUCUCAAGCGGAACACCCUGUCUCGUCCCAGUCUUUUUUCGCUCAAAGCUCCAUCUCGGGAGAUUAAUCAGACUAAGAACAGUUCAAUCUCUUAUGUUUGACAAAGGAUUUAAAGGCUUUAUAUCAAUUUCCUUUAGAGCUAAGUAUUACAGAAUAGGCGAAAGAAGGCCAAUUAUAACCUUAAGCAGUACGUUACUGUGCUAAGGGUUGGGUGAGUGGUGUAUAGAUGUACACGGUUGGCUUUCGUUUGGUAA